CGAUUGCUCCGUGCUUAGGCGCGCAAGGGGCACUGUGGGAGGCGUUGUGUGUGACUAACGUACUCCACUCAAGGACCCGGGUGCUAGGAUUUACCCCAUCGCCAUGAGCUACAUCAACCUGCCCACCGUGCUGCCCAUCUCCCCCAGCAAGACCCGGGGGCAGAUCCAGGUGAUUCUCGGGCCCAUGUUCUCAGGGAAAAGCACGGAGCUGAUGAGGAGAGUAAGGCGCUUCCAGAUCGCCCAGUACAAGUGCCUGGUCAUCAAGUAUGCCAAAGACACGCGCUAUAGCAACAGCUUCUCCACACAUGACCGAUCUGCAAACUACUUGCUUGCCUGGUGCCCUUGGAGACCAGGAAAGGGCAUCAGAUUCCCCACAACAGGAAUUGGAGAUCAUUGUAAGCUGCCCCAUGGUUGGUUCCUCUGCAAGGAUAGCACCCGAUCCUAUCUCUCCAACCUUGAGACAGGUCUCUUGUAGCCUAGCUGGGUUGUAACUUGUGACCUCCCCUCCUCUUCCUCCUGGGAUUACAGGCAAGCAAUCCCACACCCAGCCCGCACCCCCAUCGGCUCUAUAUAGAUAAACGGAUUACAGACAUGUUUGGUUACGCCCAACUUCCCAGAUCUUAAGAUUGUGGGGUAAUGGGUUGGGAAUUUAGCUCAGUGGUAGAGUGCUUGCCUAGCAAGCGCAAGGCCCUGGGUUCGGUCCUCAGCUCCAAAAAAAAAGAUUGUGGGGUAAUAAGUAGGCCUGGGAGGUUCUAUUGUUUGUAAGGACACCACUGCAUGCUGUUGCCUGUGUUUUGGGAAAGAGCUUUCUCUGAGUUUGUUUCUAAAAACGAGGCAGAAACCACAGGGAGAAGGCGCUGGGUGCAGCCCAGCAUUCCACUCCUUAGAGAGCAGAGAGGUUCCUGGCAUCCUUUAAUGGUGUUCUGGAGCAUGUCCAACCUGGCCUUCAGAGGCCUGGGUGGGUUCUUCCUUCCUGGGAAGCGGUCCACAGUAAGACUGUAAGCAGAGGCUUCACAGCCUGACUCUGCCCGCAGCUGGCCACAUGGCGUGCAGAGUCCUCCAGUCUGUGGAGAGCGAUGAAUUAGAACCGGGUUCCAGAGCAUCACUCUGCUGUCUGGUUUCCAGGACGCUCCUUAUCCUGGGCUGCUCGGGGCAAAUCCACAGGCCUGUGACAGUCUCCCUUCCCUGGGCACUGCACUCUUGCUUCUCUGGGCUGGAGAGGUGGCUAAUAAGAGUACUUGGUCUUACCAAGGAGGACCCAGGUUCCAUUCCAAGCACACACUUGAUGGCUCACGACUGUAAGCAACUCCAGCUCCAGAAGUUCUAACACCCUCUUCUGACCUCCAAGGGCGCCAGACGUACACACGGUACACACGGUACACAGAUGUACACGCAGGGAAACCGCUAAUCCUGUGACUAAAUUAUUUAAAUUUUCCCUGGUGUGGCUUACACUUUUAAUUCUAGCUAGCACUUGUUGGGCAGAGGCAGAGUAUGGGGCCAGCCUGGUCUACAGAGAGACCUUGACUCAAAUGAGUUGUUUUGCUUUGUCUUUUGGUACUGAGGGAUAGAACCUCAGGCAGAAGCCACCGGGUGCUCUGCCUCUAGGCUACAAAUUAUAUUUUAUGAUGGCAGUGACAUAUGUUAAUAUCAUCUCAGUUUAUUUAUUUUGAAUUAAGAAAAACACACACACACACACACACACACACACACACACACACACAUAUAUAUAUAUAUAUAUAUAUAUAUAUAUAUAUAUAUAUAUAUAUAUAUAUGGAUUUUGCUGCUCAGAGUAUCGUGUCCCCUGAGGACUGUCCCUCAUAAAACACUUGGGUGGCUCCGUAGUUGAGAGCUUAUGUAGUGUAUAUAGCUGAUUGUCUGGAAGGUAAGUUUUUGGACUGUUUUGUUUCUUGUGGGGGAGGGUAACUUGUUCGGGGUUUAGAUUUUGGUGUGCACAUUGGUUUUUGAAGCAUUCCAUAGCCCAGGCUGACUUGGAACUUACUUGCUUGGAGCUCCUGAGUGUUUCAGUUACAGCGCGGGUGUAUUCCCAUGUUCACUGUCAACCUCGUGGCUUGGCUUGCUUAGUGGCCUGCUCUCUCUCCUGUUCUCAGAGGCCUUGGGCCUUUCCUGAUGGCCCCAGUACCUAGGCCAGGUACCGCGUGUCCUGUUGAAUAAGAACUGGAGUCGGGUUGAAGAGAUGGCUCAGUGGUUAAGAGCACUGACUGCUCUUCCAGAGGUCCUGAGUUCAAAUCCCAGUGACCACAUGGUGGCUCACAACCAUCUGUAAUGGGAUCUGAUGCCCUCUUCUGGUGUGUCUGAAGACAGCUACAGUAUACUUAUACAUAAUUAAUAAAUAAGCCUUUUUUUUUUUUUAAAGAACUUUGGGGUCUUUGUUGACCUUAGUAGCAGACACUACCCAUAUUCAGUUGAGGGAGGUAAGCUGUAAUAACUGGUUUUCUGAACAAGGCCUGUAUUCCCCGUUCCUCCCCCCAUAGAAGCUACGGGAACACCUCAGGCUGCUCUGUGGGAACGCCACAGUAGCACUCUCAUCCGGGCGCCUGUGGCCUUGCUCAUCCUCUGGCCUUAU